UUUCAGAUAAUUCUUUUUUCCUCUGCACAAACCUCUACUACACAGUUUUUACUUUAUUUGGCUAUGUUUGGCGGACAUAAGUCUCUACCUUUUAGCUUUUGUACUAUUUAAAAAGUCUGUAAAAGUUUCUAGUUGUAUGUUUGGUACUACAAUUUUAAGAGCUUUAAAAAAAGAUUUUUUUUUGAGAUGCUACAGGGAGUAACAUCUGAGAAAAGUCUGUAGCUUUUAGCAUUAAUAAGUCGCAAUAGCUUGUAUACCAAACAUAACUAAAUCAAACAGUCAACUUUUUAUCAAACGACUAACACAUUUUAUUUUAAAGAUGUUUUCAGUCAUUAAGAGCUAACAUGUACUAAAAAAUCUAGGGAAAACUGUCAAAUAGGUCCUCGAACUUUCAUAAAAAAGUCAAUUAAGUCCUUCUAUAGGAGACUUUGUCCGGUCGUCGCGAUUUGGGGCAGUUCCCGGUGGAAUUUUUUGAUGAAUUUUUUUGAGCAUCUUAUUCAUCAAGCCUAGUUUAAUCAUAUCAAAUUUCAACUAAAAAUUUAAUCGGGAGCGCAUUCAAAUUAAUUCGAGAACGCAAAAAUGCGCAUUUAUCUUCAAGAAUUAAUUUGAAUGUGUUCCCGAUUGAAUUUUUAGCUAAAAUUUGGUAUGAAUAAACUAGACUUGGUGAAUAAGAUGCUCAAAAAAAUUAAUCAAAAAAUUCCACCGGGAAGUGUCCCAAAUCGCGACGGCCGGACAGAACCUCAUAUAGAAGGACUUAAUUGACCUUUUUAUGAAAGUUCGAAGACCUAUUUGACAGUUUUCCCAAAAAUCUAUAAAAAAUACUUUUUCAGCUAGUUGUGAGUUUGUGACAAAGUUUUAAUGGAGAGAAGUAUGUAUACUACGUAUGGUUUUUGUGGUCUUAUGACUAAACAUUUUUUGUUCCCAAAUGUGUACACAAUCUGUAAGAUUAGAUAAAAAAAAUUGUCUGAUUUUUUUUAAGAGAAGUACUUCUUCACGAAAGCUAAUGUGAUAAGUUGGUAGCAAACGAGACAUUUUGUUGUUGUUGAGCUUAUGACUAAACAUUUUUUGUUCCCAAAUGUGUACAAAAUCUAGUUCAGUAUUUCCCGAAGAACGAAGACUCAGGUACUUUCUCAGCCCAAACCGUAAAGGAAACUACACGGUUUUACCAUAUUUCUCGAGUCACCGGAGCCCGCAAUCCGUCUUCCAGAAGAUCCGUUCACUCACUGAUCGCCCAGAGCCAACACAUAUUGUUUAAUCACGAAGCUCUAGAUCGGGAGUAACGCUGGCCACUUCAGCACCUGUAAUCAGAAGGAACCAGUUCUUACUAAGGUGCUUGGGAGGUUAUUCUGGUAAAGCCAAAAGUCCAUUCUAUCAUCAGGGUACUGUUAGAAUGCAGUCAGCAGUGAGUGGUGGCUCUAGCUUGGAAGUCGAUGCUAUUAGCGUUUUGAGAUCAAUAACCCCAAAUCUCGACUCCACAAAGCACAAAGGCCAAGCUGGAAAGAUAGCUGUUGUAGGUGGGUGUCGUGAAUACACUGGGGCUCCAUACUUUGCUGCUAUUUCUGCAUUGAAAAUUGGGGCAGAUUUGUCUCAUGUAUUUUGCACAAAAGGUGCUGCUCCAGUGAUAAAAAGUUAUAGCCCGGAGUUAAUUGUACAUCCUAUACUCGAAGAAUCUUACAGCAUUAGGGAUGAGGAUAAAAGCUCAAUAUCAGCCAAUGUGAUUGCUGAGGUUGAUAAAUGGAUGGAUAGAUUUGAUUGUCUAGUUGUUGGUCCAGGUCUUGGCAGAGAUCCAUUUGUCCUGGACUGUGUGAGUAACAUCAUAAUUCGUGCACGAGAGUGCAAUGUCCCAAUGGUUAUAGAUGGGGAUGGUCUCUUUCUUGUUACACAAUGUCUUGAUCUGGUUAGAGGUUAUCCUUUGGCUGUCCUGACACCAAAUGUAAAUGAGUAUAAACGGCUUGUGCAAACUGUGUUAACAUCUGAAGUUAAUGAAAAAGAUGCAAUGGAAGAACUAAAGUCCCUUAUUAAGGGGAUUGGAGGGGUGACAAUUUUGCGGAAAGGUCGAUUUGAUAUAAUCAGCGAUGGUAUAACAGUUAAGUCAGUGAGUGUGUUUGGCUCUCCUCGCCGCUGUGGUGGCCAGGGUGAUAUACUUUCAGGAAGCGUUGCUGUGUUUCUUUGUUGGGCACGGCAGAGUGCUGCUACUCAGGGAGAACUGUCAAUAAAAAAUCCCACAAUAUUGGGAUGCAUCGCUGGAUCGGUUUUGGUGAGAAAGGCAGCAGCUCUUGCAUUUGAGAACAAGAAGAGAUCCACUCUCACUGCAGAUAUCAUCAAGUGCCUUGGAAGAAGUUUGGAGGAGAUGUACCCAUAUUACUGAGAGACCUGCUCAACAAGUGAUCGAUCCUAUCAAGUUAAUCCUGCUUUGUAGUUGUGCUGUUCAUAAUUGUAUCUGCUGCCUUCGAUUUAGUGAGACUAAAUGUGGGAACGAUAUAUAUACAGGAAAAACAAUAAUGCAUGUUGGUGGCAAAAAGAAUGAAUAACAUUAUGAAUCGUGAUGAGUUUUGGAAAAUUCUAGGCUGUCGUGUCCGA